AUGUUAAAUUAAGAUGGAGAUUUGAACAUAUAAUCCUUUCGUAAUCAAAUUCCCAAACCAAUGAACAUCACUGAUGAUACCAUCAGUCUCGAUAAUGACAUGUUGUUUGGCUGGACACCAAAACUCGAUUAGAGUAAAUUACUGACACUGAACUUCAAUACUCAAUUAAACGACUAAAUAAUAUUGGAGGCCUCCCAGAACAAAAAACUAAUCUAUGUUGGAUUUAGACCCCAGGACAACAACUAAAUGCAUAAAUAAUAUUCAUCUCUUUCAUCUUACCCAUUUAAAAGAGCCACAACAAUCCCAAACAAACCACAAUUCCCAUUUUUAGGAAUGAAUCCUACCUACUUUAAUAGAAUUAAAUUCAAUUCCAUUUUCGAGAGUGGCAACUUAGAUAUCGUGAUCUAAGUGUCAGAAUUCGAGUAUGAUUUAUAUAUGAGAGUUGAUGGUAACACUUAAGGACACACUUCUUGGUAUAAUUUUGAAUUAAGCGGUUUGAAUUAAGGAGAAAAAAUACAAUUGAAUAUUUGCAAUUUCACUAAAUCUCACCGUCUUUAUGAAAGAGGAAUGAAACCUUAUAUUUGGAGAUCCACAACAUAAGAAUGGUUAUAGGGAGGAGACAAUAUUUAAUAUAAAUAAUUUCAAAAUAAUAAUUGUUUAAGCUUUUGCAUUGAAUGCAAUAAAGAAAAUGAACUUCUAAAGAUUGCGUAUUGUGUUCCAUAUACAUUUUCUUAAUUGUUGGAAUAUUGUGAUAAUUUAGAGAAGAGAUGUAAUUAUGUCAAACGCAAAAUAUUUUGCGAGUCAUUGGGAGGAGUAUAAUUACCAAUGUUGAUUUUUAAUAAGGGCAAAAGCACUAGUAAGAAAUGCUUGAUUCUCUAAGCUCGGAUUCAUCCUGGCGAAUCAAAUGGGUCAUGGGUAAUGUAGGGUGUACUGGAUUUUCUAUCAAGUUAAUCAGCCCUUAAACUUUUUGAGAAAUGCGUAAUCAAGGUGGUUCCUAUGAUGAAUCCUGAUGGAGUUAUUCUAGGCAAUUAUAGAACUGGUUUAGCAGGAAAGGAUUUAAACAGGAAGUUCAAAUAGACUGAUGGAAUUCGAUUCCCUACUGUCCAAGCAAUGAAGAGACUAGUUUACGAUUAAUACAAGAAAUAUGGAAGUAAUUUAAUUGCUUUUAUCGAUUUACAUGGACAUUCUAUCAAAAAGAAUGUCUUUUUGUAUGGUCCAGAAUAUACUCUCUAGAAUUAUAAUUAUUAUAAAUGUCGUAUUCUACCAAAAUUACUUAGUUAGAGAACAGAGAUGUUUAGAUUUUACUCGUCAAUAUUCAGAAUAAGUUCAAAUAAGAGGUCAACUGCUCGAGGUGUAUUUGCUCAAUUGUAUGACAUAGUAAAUUGUUUUACAAUUGAGACUUCGAAUGGUAAUUACUACAACUAAACUUAAACAUUUGAUUUCACUUCUAAACAUUGGCUAGAUAUGGGUAGGAUUAUUGGAGAAACAUUAAUUGAUAUGAUUAACAUUCAGAAUGAAAUGGAUUAAAUAUAUAAUACAAAAAGUGAUGAGCUUAGUAGAUCUUAUAGAUCAACAAAAAAUUAAUACUAUCUUAAAAAGAAAAGUAUCAUUGAUCCUUGUUAAAUAUCAUUUUAAAAUACAAAAUUUUCAAAGUUGUUAGAAGAAUUAAAGAAUGAUGCAGAUAAAAUGAUCUAAUCUUGUUCUGAAGGUAACUCAGAUUCAUUAGAUGAUGAUGAGAACGAAGAAGAGGUAAUAGAACACUAAUCUCAAGAAAUUAUGAAACCUAAAUCUAAAUCUAAAUCUAACACAUCAAAAUAUUUUAUAACAUUGUCUCCAGGUUAAAAAUCUAAAUUAGAUUAAAAAUGUAGUUCUAAACCAUUUUCACAAUAAACUAAAAUGCAUUCUGUUGAAUCACAUCAAAACAAAACCUAAUAACUAUGUUAAUCACCUACUCCAUAAAUAAAUCUGAAAAAGCUUGUCUCUCGUUCUUAAUCCAAAAAAAAAAUUGAAAUUAAUAAAUAUAUCACAAACUAUGUGAAUCAGCAAUUUGACUAUAUCGAUUUACUAGAAAAUCCUUCUAAUUUAAAUUAAUCUAUACAAUAGAAAAUCUAUGAUUUGAUUCCUAGACCAUCUACAUCCUAACUCGAAGGAUUGGAUGAAGAAACAUUCAUCCCUAUCAAAGGACUUAAUUCUUAUAAUUAAUCUGAAUCUAAGCGUCACUCUAGAUUACAUAGUUAUCUAACCGUAAAUAAAUAAAAGAAGCAUAGGAAUACCACUAAAUCACCUCCGAAAUACACUUAGGAAUAAUGCUCAAUCUAAUUCUACAACCAUGAAUUCAAAACUUCAGGUGAACCUCUAACAGGAACCAACUAAGAAAUUUGA